AUGGUCGUCGAGUACGCAGACAAGAUUGUCAUAUACUUAACCAAGCUGAAGAGCCAGUUAAGGCGCUCGACGGGCGCGGGGCAUUCCGGCAUAGCCAGUCAGUUGAACGAAAACGGAGACAGACUGGCAGCAUCAACAUCAAGGAAGGUCAGACUUCCAAAGCUGGAACUGAUCAAGUUCAACGGACACCUGAAAAACUGGCUGCCUUUCUGGAACCAGUUUGAUGCCGCAAUCCACCAGAACCCUGACUUGACACCGUGCGACAAGUUUAACUACUUAAAGGCGGCACUAACAGGGGAUGGAGCGGCAGCCAUUGAUAGACUUCAGUCCACAGCAGAGUGCUACGCGGACGCCAUCGAUCUCCUACAGCGGCGGUUCGGGAAUCAAGAAGCGCUAAUCCAGGAUCACAUGGAAAGCCUCAUGGACAUACAACGUGUUCCACCUCAGCGCAACGUCAGAAUCCUGCGGCGAUUGUAUGAUAGCCUGCAAGCUCGCAUCCGGGGUCUCAGGGCACUGGGCGUAAGCGAAGAAUCUUACUGUUCAAUGCUUUACCCAGUGCUCCUUCGAGCGCUCCCAAGAGAAAUGACCAUCGAAUACCACCGAAAGACACUGCAGGGGGUAGCCGAGAAUGCCACUGCCAGUAGAUCUGUACCAGCGUCACAGACAAGUUUAGGACCUACCACAGAUCGCACACAUCUGAGAGCGCUUCGGACUCUCCUCGAGUUUCUGCACAUCGAGGUGGAGAGUCAGGAAAAGGCAUCUAAAGAACGGCAAGAGGACGUUGGUGGUAAAUCCACACCCCAUUUCACCAAGCGCGAGGCGCAGAAGAAGUCUACAGAUCCCGACAUGCCACGAACCUCUACUGCUACGGCUCUGCAUGGUGUUGUGGAAGGUCUCGAAUGUUUCUUCUGCAACUCAAAAAAGCAUGGAACACCCGACUGCAACUCAAGAAUAACGCUAGCUGAAAAGAAGCGCAGGCUACAAAACGCCCAGAGAUGCUUCCGGUGCACGAAAGUGGGGCACAUGGCAAGGAUGUGUCGAGGUACACCCUGCUGCAACAGGUGCCGAGGCAGACAUACCUCCAGCAUGUGCGACCCAGAUUAUACUCCGAGACGAUCUGCCGACGGAUUGAACGCACAACAAAAGAAAGACGAAGCACCAGUUAGCCUACAUGUAAACGAGGAAAACAAGCCGACAGUACUCUUACAAACGGUUACUGCGUGGGUGGAAGGCAAAAACAGGAAAAAGCGAGCUCGGAUUCUCUUUGACAGUGGUAGCCAGCGCUCCUUCAUCACGGAAGAACUAUCGAGGAGUCUCGGCUGCAAACUGCUCGGGACCGAGAUCCUGACUGUCGGAGUGUUCGGAGGCAAGAAUAGGGAACGAACGUACCGCAGAGUUCAAGUGAUUCUGCGCAACCAACACAGUGGCCAGAAACACAUGAUUGACGCCCUCGAGACACAUUCCAUCUCCGAGCAAGAACUCCCUAGCCCUGAGAAGGACGUUAUAGAAAAAAAUGGAAGAACUCGGGCUUACUUCGGGUGA